AUUAAUAUUAGAGUCAUAGAAUCAGAGAACAGUAGAGUUUGAAGGGACCCCAAGGGUCAUCUAAGGUCCUGCAGUGUGGGAAUUCUGCCCCUGGGUGGGCUUGAACCACCAACCUUCUGAAUAACAGCCAGACACACUGACCUGUUGCACCACAGGAGGGCACAGUCCAUGUAGAACAAAUCACUUGAGAAAGUAAGUCUACCUAGCCAGUGGCGGAGGAAGAGGAGUGCAGGGGGAAUGCACUGCCCCUGGUAGUGCGAUCCCGGUGAGGUGCCAUUGCGGCUGUUCCCCCCACCUGCGCUGGGCGCUAUGCCCCCGCAGGUGGCAUGCCACGCCUCUGCGGGUGGUGUGCCAUGCCCCCAGGACAUGUACCAGCCCUGCCCCCAGUUGCUCUCCGCCCCCCAGUGCUGGAGCAUGAAGCUCCGCCACUGUACCUAGCCCCUGAAUAUACUCUUGUCGUCUGGUGGUGGUUUUGUGGACUUGUUGACACCAGUUGACUCUGGUUGAGAAGCUCAUGCAGGGUGUCAGGAUGGGCAGCAUGUCUGCUGGCAUCAGUGGCAGCAGAAUGAGUGGCUUGAGCAAGCCAGCAUGUCCAGCACUGUGUAUCUUCCUCUCAUGGCUUGUUAUGCUCCUCCUUUAAUUCCACCACCAGAGGCUGUCACUUGCAAAGGCAGAGAGGACCAUGGCUAGGUGUGGAAUGUACUGCUAUGGCAGCAGUUUCCAUUUCUGUUGUUGGCACUGCACUUGCAUGCACAGAAACUCUCUCUCUCUCUCUCUCUCUCUCUCUCUCUCUCUCUCUCACACACACACACACACACACACACUUCCAGGUAGCAGGACUUUGCUGCCCUUGGUGUACAUGCAUGUGCAAGUACAUUUAAAAAUUCUUAUGCAUUAAUAAAUAUUCACCUACAGCCAUCAGAGGGCAGUAAAGAAUAAAGAAAACUAGUCUACUCCCUGUUGCUUAAUUUAAAAAAAAAAAUAAUUUAAAGUGCUAGAGAGGUGUGGUUUUUGCCCUUAGAGAGAUUUGAUUGGCCUGAAAAAGGGAUACAUCUUAUAGGCUGAAGGGAUAUUUAUUAUAGCCUGAAACAACAGCUGGUUCAGUUUACUUUAAAAGCUGACUGCUUUGCCUACUGGAAAGGUAGCUGGGAGUUGUCCAGGUCUUUUUCUCGAGUUGGUUGUUGCCUUUUAAGGUGAGUCUAUGGAACUUUUUUGGUCUGUAAAGGUUUUGUUGUUGAAGAAGGAGACUGAUGUGUGUUUCAUCUGUGUUUACUGGCAUCAGUUUGCAAAGUAGAUUCAAGUCUCUUCCUUUAAAGCAGAAAGCUCGUUUAAGGGCGGCUUGUUUCAGUGUGGUUCCUCCUUGAAAUCUUCCCACAAAAAUUACAGAGGAAUGUGAAGAGGACAAAUUGUCUUUUAUUAAAAUUGACCGUACAAGGUUUGUAAAGCUGCUGCUUUAACUGACAUGGUUCAAAAAAGUAAACGACUAGGCUACUAGGUAGCUCACUUUGAUGGAUCAGGAAUACCAAGUACCACUGAUAGUACCAAAUGAUGUUGUCUUGUGGCUCCUUGUUUUGAUUCGCUCCCAGGUGGAGAUAGCAAAGUGAGGUUGAGGGGAAAGAUCUUUUUUCAAAGUCCUCUCCUCCGUUCACCAGGUGUUUGUUUUCCUCACUGCUGCCCUGGCAAAAUGGCAUUAACUGGUCCCCUCCCUUAUGGCAAAAGGUGCUGUUGCCACCAGAGAUGCUUAAAGUUCUAUUUCUUCUUCAUUUACUAAAGUAUCUUUCUAAUGCUCUGUAGAAUGUAGUGGGGAGGAAGUUUCCUAAAAUAUGUAUCCAAAAGAGGUUUUGAUUCAAGAGAGAAAGGGAUUUUAAUCUAGUUGAAGAAGAACGUAGCAGUUUCUCUCUGUGUCUGUGUGUCUGUGUCUGUGUGCAUGAGGAGCAUGUUGGAUUAUGGUGUACUCUUGCAUAAGUUCCACCUGCUUCUGAAGGUGCAAUUUGGAGCAUGCUUACUACAUUGAAUCUUCCAGUGAGAAUUCCUAGUGAACCUGCUUUGCAUUGGACCAUGUACUAACCCUGUGCCCAAAUGUCUGGAUCAUGAGUUGGGAUUACAUCUCUUUAAACUAAGAGGCUUUUGAGUUGCUGUUAGUUAACUUCCUCCUUAAUUUUUUUAUAGCAAUCAAGAUGAGCUGCUUCACUUUCUUGAAGGUCAUGAUGGUCUUAUUUAACCUGGCCAUUGUGGUAAGUAUUAACCCUUUUCUCCCUAGGAACGAGGUAGGUGGUCUUGUAUAAGUAUAACUUGGUGAGGCAAACCCUAUAAGAUGCCUAGUUUUUCUUUAUAGGUAACUCUACUAAAUAGGUAGUUUACCUACUUUAUAGGUAAACUCUACUAAAGGCUUGCUAGGUAACUCUACUAAAGCCCCCACUCUGCAUGUUUAAAGAUCUUGAGAGAUAAAGGCGAUAUACAUACCAUACAGUUAAAGCACAUUCAACACCCCCCCCCCAAAAAAAGAAUCCUGGGUACUGUGGUUGGCUAAGGGUGCUGGGAAUUACACCUCUGUGAGGAGUAAACCCCUGAUUAUUUUGUUUGCAGGGGCAGAAAUGUGGUUUAAACAUAUGGUGUGUACACAGCCAAAAUAUAACAUAGGCAGCAAUCCUAAGGACACUUACUUUUUAAGAAAAUAGGUUUUGCACUGUACUGCAUGCUGAUCCCCAAACAGAAGGACUGGUAACAGUCUUAGCUUGGACAAAUCUUACUUUAAGAAAUAUUAGGUUUUCUCUUUGGCAGCGUGCUUCCCGUAUAUAAUUUGUUAACAAGAUGCACGUCAUUGUUGUAACAAUUCUAGUGAUGGACAAUGGUCUUUACCUGCUGAACCCUGAUGCUACUGAAGAGUUUUAACUACAAAGAUACUGUGCCUGAGACAUACCAUAGGUACACCCUGUGUCUUAGGGCACAACCAGAUAAAGCUGGAGAUCAGUGAUACCAAACGGCUACCUUUAUGUGUUUCCCCUACAGGCCAAAUAACUGUGUGGCAGGGGAGGGAGGCUAAUUUGGGGGAAACUGCAAGGGUGAAAACUAUUUAAAAAUACAGCGUUCCCAGUUGGAUUUGCUCCUCCUUAGUUAUGGUGAAUUUAUUUAAUAUCUAUGUAAAAAAAAAAAAAAAGCCAUGAGAGAUCCAAUUGUGAAUCUCACCUAGGUGUGCCUUUUAUCUCAGGAUAAACAUCUCUAGAGUCUGUAUCACAUGACCUGCUGGCAUUUUCUGAUUCUGUGCUGGACCUGGUUUACUGUGCCUUUCAGUGUCCUGCACAUCACAUUCAAGGAAUCCAGAAUCUGUCCACCUACACAAGUUACAGCUGUUUUGGUUCACAGAUAAACCUUGUACUGAACAACAUAGAGCGGUUGCCUAAUGCGGGGCUUGGCUUGUGGGGAACGUCCUCUGACUUUGGCUGCCUCUUCAGCUGCCACACCCAUGGGGCAAACUCAUGCAGCACUGUGAUAUUCGGUUGUGGUUUAUGAUCCCAGAUGACGGGUGUGCCUUCAUGCAAUGGCAGGCCAAGCCCACAAAACGGCAAUGGGUAGCUUGAACACUAUCAUGACGCAAGCCAAAGUACUCAUUAAAAUGUAUUCUCAAGCCUCCUUCCUUGUCUCUGGACAGGCUGAGUGGGUUUUAUGGUUUCUGUGGGUGUCGUGUUGGUUUCAUGUUUGCCCUGUUAAUAGGGUUUCUACAAGCUGUGCAGCCGCCCUCCUACACACUCCGCUGGUGCCUCAAUGGCAACACUCUCAAGGAAGUCUCUGAUGUUGGCUCAAGCCAAUUCCUUUGGCAUACUCUUUGUCUUUUUUCAUCUACCUGCAAACCCACAGGAAUAGCUUCCAAGUGGCUCCCUAAAUGCACUGGGGCUCUAGCUGAAGUGAGUUCUUGUGAGGUGAUCUGCAUUAUGUAGGCUGGAGGGGAUCUAGGGCUUUAGAAAUCUGUAUGUAUGUUCGGAGCAAUAGUUCCAUGGGGUGUUGCAACAUUCUGUAAUAUGUUUGUGGUUGGACUAAAUAGGUUUUCGGCUAUUUUGUUCUAGCUAUAAGAUUGGAUUCUGCAGAAAGAGAGACUGUUGAUGGCCAAACUAGUCCUUUUGUUGGGUAAAUAGCUUAGUUAAGUGUCUACUUUGUUAGUAAGUUUGGGCCAAACUGUUGCCAUAGAAACUAGCUGGAGAUAGCUCUGGAAGUUGAGUUGAAGAACUGUCUGUCUUCCCACCUCAACCAACUGGAAGUGAUGAUCUCAGGGUCUGGGUGGGUGGCGAGAGAGAACAAUCCAGCAGUCUUGGGACUAGUGUACUGUGUAGAGUCCAAAGCCCUGGACCCUUUCCCCUCUAAAACUUAAUGGGGGAGAAAGAUCUGUUGGUGUGUUAAUUCUGUGAACCUUCCCUUUUAUUAUUAGCUAGUAUGUAAGUGUAAGCGGGUGGCGCUGUGGGUUAAACCACAGAGCCUAGGGCUUGCCGAUCAGAAGGUUGGCGGUUUGAAUCCCCAUGACGGGGUGAGCUCCUGUUGCUCGGUCCCAGCUCCUGCCAACCUAGCAGUUUGAAAGCACAUCAAAGUGCAAGUAGAUAAAUAGGUAUUGUUCUGGCAGGAAGGUAAAUGGUGUUUCCGUGUGCUGCUCUGGUUCGCCAGAAGCGGCUUAGUCAUGCUGGCCACAUGACCCGGAAGCUGUACGCCAGCUCCCUCAGCCAGUAAAGCGAGAUGAGCGCCAUGACCCCAGAGUCAUCCGCAACUGGACCUAAAGGUCAGGGGUCCCUUUACCUUUAUGUGUAAGUAAAUUUCACACCACGGAUAACACCAUUAGCUCCCAGUGACCUUUAUUCCAAAAGAACCAAAUCUGAGGGCUUGCAUUUAACUACUUUUUACUUGGAGUUGACCCCACUGAAAUUAAUGGCCAUGCCUAACUUAGGUCUAUUACUUUCCAUGGAUUUGCUAUAAAUAAAAGUUAGUUGAAUACAACCCAAAUCAUCUCAAAAGUUUUGUCCUGAAUUAGCUCCAAUUUUAAAUGAACUCCUUUGGGUUUCCCAAAGGAAGAUUAUUUACUGCCCUGAGAUCUGCAGAUGAAGGGCAAUAUACAAAUUUAAUAAAUAAUAUAAAUAACAGUAAAAUAAUACACAGGGCAGGCCAGUCCGUAAGUGCUGUCAAAUGCUGGGUUUAUAAGCAGGAAUAUUAAAAUAUAAUGAAUACAAUAGUAGACUAUGGGGGUAUAUCUUCAGUGCUUUCUUACUACGUUUGUGGGGUAGUGCAGAAGAAGAGAUCUAUGGGCAUCUAAGAAGAUCUGUUUAUAACCCUGGGGGGCUGCUGUCUACAUGGGGAAACGUCAUGUGUUGCAUCUCUGCACAUCCUCAUGAGGACUACACACAUUGUCUCUAUUUCUUCAUUGAUAGUUCGUGCCAGCUAUGCCUUCCUGGCAUCCAUUUGUAUGGUAAUCAUAUGUGGUAGUGUAUAUGCCACUUCUCUUAUCUGUAUAGGGAAGAUGUCUUCACAUGAGAGAAGUGGUCCUUAAUUCCUGCUCUCAGGAUCCAAAAUGGGCUUCUUCAACAGACUCUGGCAAGGGGACAGAGUUCUUGGAAUGGAGCAACUUCCUCUUUAAAGGGAAGAUUCAUAAAGGGGUUUUGCUGAUUCAGAGUCUUGAAAGCAGAGGAAACAAUAUCCAUUGUUGCUCUUAUCUUUACCAAGCUUCUUGGUAAAGAAUUACGUGGGAGAGGUUGACACUAUGGAUUUGGUACAUUCAGGCAGUGAGGUUGCAUGCUCAGUGACUAUGAAUGGCAUUUCCCCCUUUGCAUGAUCAUGUGGUUUCUGAGCAGAACCGUUGUACAUAUAAGCAUGGAGGGCUCUUUCCACGUGAUCAGGAACCCUGCCACCUGUUGCUUCCUGAUGAUGUGGACAGAGUCCUCUGUGUAUAUAUACACACAGCUGUAUAUAUACAAGGGCUUCUGAUGGUAUGGGGUUGGGUUCAUGUUUAAAGUAAGACCUGCUCUAAUAAAUUGCAGGUGUGGAGAAUCUCAGGCACCAUGGAGGGGGGCAAAUACAGCCCUAUAAGCCUUCUGGCCCUCAGGUGACACACUUUACUGGCCCUGCUUUGUAUCCUCCUUGAGUGUUUUUGCCUGGCUGAAAUGUGUCCUUGAAUUCUGAUAAUGCAUUUUGCUUGACUGAAUGGAGACGAAUGGGUGUGGGUAGAAACUAGCCCUCUGAAUGAAGGUAUAUUUAAUAAUCAAAAGAUAGUAAGGGAGGCGAAAGAAACAAUCGAAGAAUACUUCAAGUGGAACUUACACAAAGAAACAGCUAUAGAAACGGUCUGGGAUGCAGGAAAAGCCGUUAUGAGGGGCUUCCUAAUUCAGAAAAACAGCCAUUUAAGAAAAGAAAAAGAGAAAAAAAAGAAGAGAUUCUAAUACAGCUUAUGGAGAAUGAAAGACACCUAGCUACUAAACCAGGUGACGAGACAAUAAAGCAAAAUUUAAAAAUAUUACAAGCCGAAUUUUCUAUGAUAGUUAACCAGGAAAUUGAGUGGAAAAUUAAAAUGAUGAAACAAAAGAACUUUGAAUCAGCUAAUAAAAUAGGAAAAUUCUUGGCGUGGCAAAUAAGAGAAAGGAAAAACAAAAUACGAUCUGCAAGAUAAGGGAUGGAGAAAGGAUAGUGGAAGAGCCAAAAGAAAUAAAAAGGAUAUUUCAGACGUAUUAUAAGGAAUUGUAUAAAAGAGGAAAGGAAAUAGAUUAUGAAAUAGACCGAUACCUGGAAGAUCACCAUUUACAACAGAUUGCCAUAGAAGAGAAAGAGUUAUUAGACCAGAGGAUUACAGAAGAUGAGAUAAGGAAGGCAAUAAAAAGAUGAAAAUUGGGAAAGCGCCAGGGCCGGAUGGCCUACCAGCCAAGUACUAUAAAACAUUAAGUGAGCAAUUAUGCCCAAUUCUAUGUGAAGUGAUGAAUAAUAUUUUAAAAGAGGGAAGGAUUCCGAAUACCUGGAAGGAAGCAUAUAUUACUUUAAUACCUAAAAAAGAUGUGGAUGCCUUAGAGGUGAAGAACUAUAGGCCGAUUUCGUUAUUAAAUAACAAUUAUAAACUGUUUACGGAUAUAAUGGCAGAAAGACUAAAAAGGGUAUUAAAAAAUAGAAUUCAUAAAGAUCAAACGGGCUUCCUACCAGGAAGACAACUAAAGGAUAACGUAAGAAAUGUGAUAGAUAUUAUUGAAUACCUGGAAACUAGAAUAGAUAAACAGGCGGCCUUGAUAUUUAUCGAUGCGGAGAAGGCAUUCGAUAAUGUCUCUUGGCGCUUUCUGAUGGAAAAUUUGAAAAGGAUGGGGAUGGGAGAAAGAUUCAGAAAAGGUAUAGAGGCUAUCUAUCAUGAGCAAAAGGCAAAACUUAUAAUAAAUAAUACUACAUCAGAAUUUUUUGAUAUUUCUAAAGGGAUGAGGCAAGGCUGCCCUCUGUCCCCCCUAUUAUUUAUCUUAGUAUUGGAAGUACUUACUAAGAGGCUGAGGGAUACAGCAGAGGUUAAAGGAGUCAGGGUAGGAACUAAGGAACACAAAAUUAAAGCUUUUGCGGAUGACAUUGCUCUAACAUUAGAAGAUCCAAAGCACAGUGUAAAAGAAGCCCUACAAAAAUUGAAGAGUUUGGUGCUGUGGCAGGCUUUAAGGUCAAUAAGAAUAAGACUAAAAUACUGACUAAAAAUGUAUCUAAAGAAGAUAUAGUAGACCUAGAACAAAAAACCGGAAUUAUGACGGCAAAGAAGGUGAAGUACCUUGGAGUCUGGAUUACGGCUAAGAACAUCAAUCUAUAUAAGGAUAACUAUGAGGUCACCUGGAAGAACAUUAAGAAAGACUUAGAAAUCUGGGAGAGAAUGAGAUUAUCUUUUUUGGGGAGGAUAGCGGUUAUUAAAAUGAACGUUUUGCCUAGAAUGUUAUUUUUAUUUCAAACCAUCCCGGUACUUAAAGGUUUAAAGCAAUGUAAAGAAUGGCAAAGAGCCUUGGCGAGAUACAUCUGGCAGGGAAAAAGACCGCGAAUAAAAAUGAAAAUACUGGUAGAUAGAAAAGAAAGAGGGGGCUUCUCCCUUCCGGACUUAUGUUUAUACUAUGAGGCGGCGUGUUUAUCAUGGUUGAAAGACUGGAUAACGCUAGAAAACAGAGACAUCUUGGAUCUUGAAGGCUUCGAUAACAGGUACGGGUGGCACUCGUACCUGUGGUAUGAAAAGGUGAAAGUACAUAGAGGCUUUUUUAAACCAUAUUUUUAGAGGGCCAAUAUUCCAAGUAUGGGAAAGAAAUAAAAACCUAUUGGAAAGGAAGACACCCUGGUGGAUCUCACCAACAGAGGUGUUAACGGUCAAAAAGUUAAUAUGGAAGGGAAGAAUCCUACCUAUGAAGAACUGACUAGGAAAACGGAUCAAGGUAUAAAACUUAGACCCUAUGAAGAGAUUAAAAACUCAUUUACUGGGUGGUUGCAAUACCACCAGGUAAAUGACCUGUUAAAAGAAGAUAAAAAGAAAAUAGGAUUCGAAGAUAAAAAAUCCAAAUUCAAUGUGGAAGUUGUUGAAGGAAAGAACAAAAUACUGUCUAGAAUAUACGAUAUUUUAUUGGAGUGGUAUACAAAAGACGAGGAGGUGAAGGAGGUUAUGACUAAGUGGGCAAUAGACAUCGGCUAUAACAUCGAUUUUGAGAGAUGGCUAGAAUUAUGGAAUACUAACAUGAAGUUCACGGCAUGUAUGGCAUUAAGGGAAAAUAUGUGGAAAAUGAUAUUUAGGUGGUACCUCACACCAGUGAAACUGGCUAAGAUCUAUAGGUUAAAGAACAAAAGAUGUUGGAAAUGUGGAGAAGUAGAUGGUGACUUCUACCAUAUGUGGUGGUUAUGCAGCAAAGUGAAAGGCUUUUGGGAAUCGAUUUAUAACGAGCUUAAAAAAAAUUUUAAAUACACGUUUCCCAAAAAACCCGAAGCCUUUCUGCUAGGAAUGACAGGUAAAGAAAUCAAAAAAGAAGAUAAGGUACUAUUUUUAUAUGCCACAACAGCCGCAAGAAUCAUGUUAGCACAAAAUUGGAAAACGGACGCCAUACCUAAUAUAAGUGAUUGGCAGAUUAAAUUAACAAAUUAUGCCGAGCUCGCUAGAAUAACAGGAAGAAUAAGAGAUCAAGAUGAACAGAAAUUUCAUGAUAAUUGGAUUAAAUAUUGGAUAUAUAUUGGGACUAAACUUUAAACGACACUGGCGGGAUUGGAAUAACUCUAACAGUAAAAGGUUAUUAUGUAAAAGAGAUAAAAUACGUGAAUAUAAAGUCUAUUUGAUACUUACCAAAGGAGUGGAAGGAAGUUCAAGGCUUGGCAGAGCCUAAAAUAAAUGUAUUUAUGAUUUAUGGAAUGAAUAUAUUAUGUGUAAUUUAAGUAUUGGACUUUGUAUAAGUUUAUAUGUAUAUAUGUAUAAUACCAAUAAAAAUUUAUCAGUAAAAAAAAAAAAAAAAGAAACUAGCCCUCUGUGCGUGAUCCCGGUGGGGUGCCAUCGCGGCUGUUUCCCCCACCUGCGCUGGGCACCACACCCCUACGGGCGGCAUGCCAUGCCCCCAGGACACAUACCACGCCCUUACGGGUGGCACGCCCCACCCCCAGGACACACGCCAGCCCCACCCCUGCCUGCUCUCCCCCCCCCCCCCCGGUGCUGGAGCAUGAAGAUCCGCCACUGCCUCUGUGCAAGGGUGAAUUUUGCAUUCAUUGCCCUGCUCAUUUUUGCCUCUGGCCCUGCCCCAUCAUUGCCCCACUGCCAUAGCUGAUCUUUGGCUCUUUCACCUUUGCCAAAGGACAAAGGUGGAACGCUGCUGUCUUGACUCUUCCUCCACUUCAUUAACAAGGUCCUACCUGGAAUCUGCUCUUCAGUGUGUACUGAAUCAGUGCAAGCCCUGCCCUUUUAUUUGAGGGCAAACAAAACUGGCAGCUCCGGCCAAGGAUAAUUGCUUUGAAUGGCUUGGGACCAUUUCUGCAUGGUGCCAAAUGCAUACUUCACUUUUUUAAAUAAACAAAGGACUGGGACCAAGGCCUUGGGAGCGGGUUUUUGAUAUGACUUGCCUAGAGAGGGAAUCAGGAAGUGAACAAAGACUCUUGUUGUGUUGGGACUCUUCAACCUCUUGGCUUGCUGUAAUUCAAGAGACCUUGGAACGUUUGCAAAUAAUUCGCAAACCACUAAUGAUUAGGUAGAAGAGGGAGUUCUGGCAAAGCACACCUUGCCAUACAGGUGUAAGAAGCUGCACCUGCGGAAACAUCAUCCACACAGCUCUUAGAAGUCCUGUCUAGUUUUGACACCCUUGUUCUAAACUUAGAAUUAACCUGUCUCUCCUUAGUCGAGAGGAGAAGGCUGUGCUUCUUCAGCCACUAACAGUCCUAUACAUGUCUAGUCAGAAGUGACUCCUGCUCAGUUCAGUGGGGUUUACUCCAAAUUAAAUAGGAUUGUGACCUAACAGCAUUGCCCUUCCAGUUGCUUAUUUCAGUAUUCUAUUCCUGACAUAGGAGCCAACUAAAACUAUUUGUUGUGUGAAAAAGGGUAGGUUCCUAGCUGUUAUAGAUAUGAUAGAUGAGAUUAAAACACAAAAGUGGUGCCUGUUGAACCUCUGUUCAACAAGGUGUGUGUGACUUGUCUUUCCCACUAAGGUCCCAAUCCCUUCAGAACACCUGCACCAGUAUUUAUUUGAUGGUUGGUUUAUUAAGGGAUAUCUAUACUGCCCUUCCCCCAAAAAUGGUCACAGUGCAUUUUACAAAAUAAAAAAGGCAAUACAAAACACAGGUAUAUACCUACCGAGAGCACUGCAUAAAUAAUGUGGACAAAACCAAGGAUAUGUUGUUGUUUUUUGUAUCUCUCUCUGCUGCUUCUCCUUCCCCCAAAAGCAGUUUAUUUGUUUGAACUCCAGAAACCAGUGAACAAUGAGUUCCUACACACGUUGUCCCUCUGUACUUCACAAGAUAGAAGUGAUAUGGGAGAAUUAUGAUCAGGAUGUUCCAUUAAAAAAAAAAGCAAAUAAGCUGUCUUAAGCCACAAAUCAUAAUGGGAUUGUGGGGGGGGGGGGGCAGUAAGUUUUGCCUGUGCCACUUCUCCCAGUUGGCUAUCUACUCCACAGGGGAAAACAUAUAGACAGCCCACCCACCACUUCCAAGAUCACGGUCCUAAACUGAUCCAGGGCCUCUGUAUUGGCAGUUAAUACUUUUAAGGAUAUUCUGGUCACAUGUCCCUAGCAUAGCCUUAGGUUAUGAAAUAGAGAUUAACAACAUUCUGGUACAAUUGUAUAUGAAACAAAAGCCAAAAUUCAUGCAAACUUGAUCUGUGGACUCUUGACCCCCUGCAUCUUCAUGACUAGACAUUUUUGUUGAUGAGAACCGAGAAAAAUUAGGAAAUGCCCUGGAAUUAAUAGUUACUACUGAUAUUCCCAAUUGUUUCCCUAAGCACUCUCAGCGUUGGGGUGGCUCUUUGUUUUAUUAAUAAAAUGAAUAGGAGAAGGCUUGCACUCUUGCCAGUGAUGGCCGGCAGGCAGAAGCCUACAUUUCCUAAUGUCUUGUGAGAAGUUUCAUUCUUUUUUAAAAGAAAAAGCUUCAAAGGGCAGCUGUUGUUGUAUAGAGUCUUUUAUACGACUAAUAAUAGUUGUAAAGGUUGUUUCCACUAACCUGUCUGGUUCAGGUACAGCAAACCUGCACACCUUGUGCCUUGCCAAGUUAAAUGCAGCCCUUCAGCUAUGUAGGAUGACCUAUGAAAGUCUCAUGAAUCUCAUUUUCUGUUGCCUGCCUGGGACUGCAAAAAUGGGGUGGAGGGGAAGGUGUCUAGUGCUUCAACUUGACAGGCUACAUACAAUAUGUAGCCUAGUGAGCUGUUUGCAGCUAGGUGGGUGCCAUCUGUUGCAUAGGCCUAAAGUGUCAUAAUUAUGGGUCACUGUCUGUGUUUCCAGUACCUACAUUUUGAAAUAACUCUAUUUUCUUUCUUUCUUUCUUUCCUAGAUUGGCGGAGGAGCACUCCUGGGCAUUGGGAUCUGGGUCAGUGUUGACAGUAGCAACUUUGUCAGCACGUUUGGCCCUUUGUCCUCCAGUGUCCUGCAGUUUGUGAAUGUGGGCUACCUUCUCAUUGCCAUUGGAGCCGUCCUGUUUUUGUUGGGCUUCCUAGGAUGCUGUGGCGCUCAGAAGGAGAGCAAGUGCCUCCUCAUCAUGGUAAAAUGCAGACAUUAAGCAAUUUCCAUCUCUUGCCUGCUGCAGAUGUGUACAGUUGUGUUGCUUUAAGGAAAAGUGCUUGUUGAUAAACUUGAGCACUGAAGACAUUGGGGAAAGCUGCCCUCUUAUAGCAGGGUUGGCUAAUAUGUGGCCCUCCAGAUGAUGUUGGAGUCUCAGCUUCCAUCAGCCCCAGGCAGCAUAGCCAGUGGCCAGGAAUGAUGGGAGCUGUAGUCAACAACCAAUCUGGAAGGUGCCAGAUUGGCUACCCCUGGGUCAGACAACCUGUCUGAAUGCUUGACUCAAGAAGGAAGGGAUCCUAAGUCAUCAAAUCUUUUACCCAUAGAGAGAAUAGUGGUACUUGGAGUUGCCGUCAUGUUUCUUGAUCCCCAUUUCCUUCCUCUUCUUGCUAAGAGAAAACAGACAUGUGAAUAUUAAGCCUUCUCAUCUGAUGAGGAAGUUGUGGCUAUAUAUGUGUUCUAGAGUGAUCUGAGAAAAGUCAGAACUGCUGCACUGAGAUGAAAAUGUCUUUCAGUAUGCUGAAAGAUCUAGGAAGCCAGGCUAUGAUUUUAAGAAGUGCUUGUGUCUCUUUCUUGUGGGAGAUCCAGGUCUGUGUCUCCUCAUACUACACAAGGAAGUCCAGAGCAGUGGAAAAUCCCCACUAGAACAUGGUGCUGAUAGUCCCUCUUUGUGCCAUUUGCAAAUUCUUGAAGACUUGUAGCUAGGUAUCCUUGGAAAGGUAAGAUAGCUGUAUAGCAUACUUGUCCAAGCGAUCCAAACAGUCCUUGCCUUUUUCUUGUAUUUGACACUUUAUGGAGUGAACAAUCUGACCCUAUCCUCUCUUCCCUCCUAGUUCUUCUCAAUUGUCCUGAUCAUCUUCAUAAUAGAAGUUGCUGCUGCAGUGGUGGCCCUGGUCUACACUUCUCUUGUAAGUAACAUGGAGUAGAGGGAUGAGUAUGGAACAAGUGGCUUAGUCUUGAAGUAGCUGUCCUAGCCUGUAGAUGUUUCAGCUUCCGGCUGCUUCAAAGCAUUUGGUGUAAGUGCCUUUAUAAGUCUCAAAACACUCUCUCUUUGAGUGAUAGGCUUUCAGUAUUGGGGGAAAACAAAACAAAACACAAAACAAAACAACAAAACAAAACAAAACAAAACAAAACAAAACAAAACACACACCUUAUUUCCUAGCCUCUGCUGAAAUAAUGCUAUGCUAUUAUUUAUUUAUUCACAAUCACAUUUAGAACCUCGCCUUUCCUCCAAGUAGCUCAGGGUUGCAGACAUGGUCCUUUCCCUCCCCACUUCACCCUCACAACAAUCCUGUGAGGUAGGUUAGGCUGAGAGACCAUGACUGGCCCAGAGUCACCUGCUGAGCUUCAUGGUGGAGUGGGUACAGUAUUUUAACCCUGGUCUCCCAAGCCUUUGAACAACACUCCAACCACUGUAUCACAUGGCUCUUUUAGGGGAAGGUGUGCAGUUGAGCAAUGCUGCAAAGAGUAGUUCAAGCCAAAGUUUCUUGAAAGCAGCAAAAUCCCUACAUCAGUGUUUUUGACAUUUACAUAUCUUAAUGGUUUUUGUAUGUUGCAUUUGGGAACAUUAAAUACCUUCGUUCAAUGAAUUGGUUUUAAUUUACUUAAUGGCUUGGAACUUCUAGGUUGGGGUGGUACACAAAUCUCCAAAUAAAGGCAUAUGCGGCAAUACAAAGAGACUUUCCUAUUUAUUUAUUGAGAAAUUAAAAUUUAUACCAGGAUGAUUUUCUUGACCUAUGAGAAGAGAUGGCUGCUCCUAGUUUGGACCUUCAUCUGUCUAGAAACAAACUGGGUGUGAUGGGGCAACAACCAUGUUUGUUUUGUUUAAAUUCAUUUAAACUUUCGAUUAUUUUGCUGAUACACACAGAAUCAUGGGUCCGGCUAAUUUGCAAGAGCUUCAGGGAGAUCCUAAUUGUUAACAUCAAAAGGGAAUUAAGGGUGAAGGAAACCUGAAACAUUCUCUUCCCCCCUCCUGCAAGGGUUCUUUAACUUAAAUGUAAAUAAGAGUCAAAGACCAGCUUUGUUUGUCACGGUUUAAUAUUUGCACUUCAACCUCCCAUUUUCAGAACGAUCUGUUUUCAGUUCCUGCUUUUCCUAGCAAUAUAUCAUGUUGUUGCUGUGUGUAUCCCUGACAAAAAAAAAUUAGUUGUUAUCCACAGGUAGCAUAGCCUGAAUUCCUUGCUGGGUUGCUGGGAAUUGUAACUCUGUGAGGGGUGAACUAUAGUUCCUAGAAUUAUUUGAGGAGGAACAAUGUGCUUCCAAUGUGCUUUAAAAUUAUAGGGUGUAUGCAGCCUAAAAGUAACUGAACAGCCAUGUUUGCUCAUGUAUAAAAUGGAAGGUGACUGGGCCAAACUUUAAUAUCUUUUUUUAUCUUGUGAACCACCCUGAGAUCUUUGGAUGAAGGGCAGUGUAUAACAACAACAACUACUACUUCUACUACUACUAAAUAAUAUAAUGAGGGUAACUUCAGGCAGUUUUACCAAAAGCGAACCUGGCUAUUCUAAAGGUGAAUUGGGUGAGAGUAUGGGGGGGGGGAAUAAGGCAGGGAAGAUCUGGGGCCCUUCUUACCCCACAGCCCCAUAUCAUAAAAAGAAUGGGGCAGACAGAUAAAAAAAGAUAUUAAAGUUUGGCCUUUAAGGCAUAGGGUUUAGACCAGAAUGGCUUUUAAGGCUUAGGGGUUAAUAGGGUUGCCAUGUGUCCUCUGUUUCCAGGACAUGCCCUCCUUUUCAGGGGUAAAAUUUCUGUCCGGGUGGAUUUUUUAAAUUUGCCAAAAUGUCUCUGGCUAUACUUUCUGGAUGAGAUAUAGACAUAACAGUGGCUGAAGACUUGCUUUCCUCUUCUCUUCUCCUGUCCCCCCUCAGCAAUAUAUCGCAGCUUCUAUAGCCUACAUAUAGUAAGGGUAUUUAAAGUGAGAGUCGUCAUAGCGUCCUCUUUUUUUGCUCUUCAAAAUAUGGCAACCCUAAAUGUAUACAACCCUAAAUAUACAAAAGCUCCAAAAAUGUUGCUCUUUAGGAAAGGAAUUCAGGUUACCGUUCCCAACAGAUCUUGUUCGGGAUGUGCACUGCCUGCAAUUUGGGCUUUGCGUUUACCAGUGUGUUCUGACAUGCUGUUGUCCAUUAUCUCCCACCUCCUUCCAGGCAGAGACUAUACUUCAAGGAACAGUGACACAGUUAUUGAAAAAAGAGUAUGGGAAGUCCCCCGACCUCACUACAGUAUGGAACAAAACAAUGGAAGAUGUAAGUUGGUCCACAGAACAGCUUGGGACUAUGAAGAAUCAUUAAAGUGGCAGUGAUGAUUGAUUGUCCUUGGUAUUCUGCUUGACUUAGAUGGAAACCCAAGUGCGUUCCAGGGUUGUUUUUAUAGUAUCCUGCACGAUACCAAAGGGGACAAUGGCAUUCUUAUUCUUGGACUCAGCCUGUCUUUUAAAACUACUGGGUGUGGCUUUUAUUUGCAAUUGAUGAAGUGGGUACAAAGAGAGCAUUUAGAGAAGAGCAGUAAGAGUUUACAAGGGGUUUUAAUACAUGUCAGAAGCUGGAGAACCAAUUUUGAAGGUGAAUAGUAAUUUCAGUUCCUGAAUGUUCAGGAUAGAACUGCCCACCAGGACAGCUGAGUUUAUCAUUGCAGUGGAGCCGGCCUUAUUGGAGAAUACAUGGAGAAUAGGGAGAUACUAUAUAUACAUAAUAACUAUUGGGAGCAAGCUGGGUUGUCUGAUCCUGAAGGCUUAGUUGCCUAGAAGAAAGUUUGAGCCUAGGGUUGAGCUGAAAGGCCCAUUCCAGUGCCAUGACACAUAACAAGCAAGGGAAGAAUCUUAGUGAACUCUAGGUCCUAAUGCUUGGGCUGCUGUCCUAGUCAGAUAGCUGCAAGGGCUGCCUGUGUUAAUAUGUUGGAGGAAUGGGUAACCCUAGGAGGCAAGGCUGUUGGAUUGCUGUUUGUUUUUUUAAGCUGCAAAGUGAUCCCUCUUUCAGUAAUUCUCUUGGAAUAUUGAGUAAAUUUGUAAGUAAUCCUACUGAAGUGGCUUAAAGGUAAAGGUACCCCUGCCCGUACGGGCCAGUCGUGACCGACUCUAGGGUUGCGCGCUCAUCUCGCUCAAGAGGCCGGGAGCCGGCGCCGUCCGAAGACACUUCCAGGUCACGUGGCCAGCGUGACGAAGCUGCAACUGGUGAGCCAGCACCAGUGCUGCACACGGAAGUGCCGUUUACCUUCCCGCUAUAAAGCGGUACCUAUUUAUCUACUUGCACUUAGGGGUGCUUUCGAACUGCUAGGUGGGCAGGAGCUGGGACCGAACGACAGGAGCUCACCCCGCCGCGGGGAUUCGAACUGCCGACCUUACGAUCAGCAAGUCCUAGGCACUGAGGUUUUACCCACAGUGCCACCCGCGUCCCACACUGAAGUGGCUUAGAAAGGGUUAACUCAUGUUUUCACAUAUGAAAACACGUGAUUAUUGUCUUAAGUUGUUGUUCUCAGGACCAGAGGAACUAAAGUGUUUUGUAGACAGCGAUUGGGCAAAUUUACCAGGCAGAAAGUCAGUGCCUGGGUUAGUGUUUAAAUCUGGCAAUUCCCUAGUUGGGUAAAACUCCAGAAAACAAGGGAGUGUAGCUAAUUCUUCCACAGAGGCUGAAUAUAAUGGCAUAUCAGAUCUGUGUAAUGAAUUGGUAUGUUACGUAAAAAUUCUUACUGACAUAGGAGUCAAGUGUAUACUUCCAAUACAGGUAGCAGAAGACAAUCAAGCAACCAUUUCAAUGGCAGAGUCUGAUCAGUUUAAGGGUAGAACAAAACAUGUGGACAUAAAGUUCUGAAACGUGAGAGAAAGUGUGAAACAAAAUUUGAUACAGUUGCAAUAUUGCAGCUUUGCACAGUGGCAGUAUCAUAGCCAAUGAAGUUAAUCUGAGGCGCAAUGAUUGCUAAUUGAAAAAUAAAUACGGUAAAUAAAUAAAUAAAUAUGCAAUAAUGUGAAAGCAAAAUGGUUGUUGCUGAUGCAUUUACAAAAUCUCUUACUUUUCAGAGACAUGUUCAAUUGGUUGAAAUGUUGGGUCUUGUAGUGCAUGAUGUGUAAGCACUCUGUGUAUGUACAUUGUAUUUACAGUUUCUAGAAAGAAUGUGAGGGAGUGUUAGAGUAAGUGUGAGUCAUUCGUUUCCAGUUCUUUGCAGAUUCAUGUCUCAGAGGGGUCAUUGUUGUCUAAGUUACCACAUAGUUCUUCUCCGUCUUGAAGAAAAGGCUCUCCCAAUGAGACACUGGGACAAUUAGUUGAUUACCAGUUGCCAUUUAGGACUCUAGGAUGUAAAGGCUAUACUCUGGUGAGUUACCCCCCUUUCUCUCUCUCUCUCUUUACAUUCUCCUCUUCAGUUGAAAUGCUGUGGCCUAAUGAAUUACACAGACUUCACUGGUUCCUACUACUUUGAGAAAAACAACCAGUAUCCACCAUUCUGCUGUGGAAGUGUGCCUCGUUGCACUGAAGACGACGCCCAGGCAAAAGCUAUGCCAGUAAGAAAACAAAUAAGUGCUGUUGUUUUUCUCGCUGCAUUUUGAUGUGAAGGACGGUGAAUAGGUGGGGAAUAACCUUUGAUGACUCUUGUGUGUUGAGGGAAGAUGCUGGGUAUUUAUGAAGCCUCUGUCUUGGGGAAGUGCAUCUUGCCAUGAGGGUAACAGUUCAUCUUCCGACAAGCUGUCAAUCUCACUGCUGAGAAGCAUUCUACACAAAACUUUUGGUGAAUUCCAGCUGAACUAGAAUUUGCUGGCAGAUUUGGGGGACUUCCCAGAGUCUCUGGGGAUGAGAUUUCUGGGGAACCACAACAAAUUUUAAGUGGGUCUGUUGCAUUUCCCCUCACCACCUUUGAUGGUUGGUAGAGGACUGUACUGCUGCCCCCAAUAUGUGUAUUAAAAUGUGUGUUUUGUUUUUAAAUGGUGGGGUGUAAACAUUUUGAAAUAUAUAAUGAUGGGUGGGUGUCCUUUGGCCUUGCUCCUGGGUGUCGUCUAUGACGACUGGCCAUCUGGUGCUACUACAGUCUAAAGUUGUUGCUGACUCUGGCUAGCACCUGGAAACCUCUGCAGCUUUGCAUGUAGGUAAUACUUUUCUCCCUCUUUGCUUCCCGUGGCCUUGGUCAGUGAGUUUUGCCAAAUGAUUGAACCCACCCUCCCCCCAAAAAUCAAAGUCUUCUUGGAGCAUCUGGGUAAUUUCCCUAUGAAAUUCCUCUAAGGGGAACUAUUACUCAUUUCUGAUUUGUGUCGCUUGAUCAUGUCAAAUGGCGUUACAGUGGAUUUGACUUACUUUUUAUACUAUUUUCUUUUUCAAAAAAUUCCUAGGGCUGCUUCCCUCAGUUGCUGUCCGAAAUACGCAAGAAUGCUGGUGUAGUAGGUGGAGUUGCAGCUGGGAUCUGUGCAUUGGAGGUAGGUUGACUGAAUGGAUUUGUGCUGCUGCUGCCACCAUUCAACUGUUGUGACCUGGUGGCCACGAAAGACGAUGCUCUUUGUACUGAAGCAUUUGCCCCCAAUGAUGAGAUGUAACGGUAGAUGUUAUUGCUGGUUGUGGUUCCUAGUCAUGUACCCGGUGACCACUUGAUGAUCAAAAGGUUACCACCAUCAUAAUCCUGGCACCUUUUCUUGCUUGCAUGCCACAGGAUAUUUGAAGCUUAGGCCUAAAGAGCCACCCGUGGCUAUUCAUUCCAGAACAUGAAAUGGCAAACAACCCAUUUCACACUGGGCAGCAUGUUACUACUUCACAGUUAGAUAUAUAGUGAUGUGAAUAGUCCUGUAAGUUGCAAGAGGAGAAAGGAAUAAGCAGUGCUAGGGUAGGAAGGAACAUGUCUGCUGUUGGAUUCUUAAAGACUUGAUCCCUUACUCCAGCUCCCACACCAGGAACCUCUUCCAGGUGACUGUCAUAUUGCACAACAGAUGUGCAAGUGCUACUGUAUUGUGUGUGGAGGAGCCUGGCCUUGUCCUUGCUGGGCAGACUUCCUUGGCAUGCUGUUGGCUGCUUUUGGCCCAGGGGUGGGAGGAAAACCCAAGAAUUUUGGAGGAAGAUAUUGCUUUCUCAUAUGGUGGAAACUGGUUGUUAAUGUGUGGGCAGGAAGGGUAGCUCCUCUCAUCCUGAAUUGGACGGUUCUCUGAUCUUAAAUUGCAGGCUAGAAAUUUGAUCAAAUCUUCUCUCUUUUUAAGGCUGUGCCAGGUCUUUGUUUACAGUGUUAUCCUGCUUCCUCUUCGAUGUAAUAAGGAGCACAAGGAGCUGCCUUCACUUUCUUUAAUUCUACAGUGCCUGUGUAAAGCACUUGGGUGGGAUAUAUAGAAACUCAAGCUUUUUCUCCUCUUUCCAGGUUGCAGCAAUGGCUGUAGCGAUGUACCUUUAUUGCCGGCUGGAUGAGAAAUGACUGGGCUAGAAGGCUAGGAGGAUCGUCCUGGCAAGGGGCAAGAGAACGGCACGCAUAGCAACCUUUCCUUAACCUGUGUCCACAUCAAUCAAACAUUUCUCGGGCCUGAGGCAUGCCGUGUGAUUAAUUCUUUGACUCUACCGAGCUGGAAUCUGUAGUGUGUACAUAAAUGAAAAGUGGUUUGAUAUGAAGCUUCUGUAAUAGCACAAGCAGCUUUUAUAUUGAAAGCCGGUAAUAAUUGAAUCCAAGACGGGGGGUGGGGUGGGGAGAAAAACCAGCAGUGUUUCUGCCUUCUAAAUACGGUCUCUGCCACAGUAGAGUUGAGGGGGCUUUCCGCUGGCUUUGAUACCUGCCAUCCUGAAAUACUCUCUAGGAGAGUAAAUGGCCCAGAAUGCUGCUGGUGGCUUUCAAAGGCUCCGGUUGCAUUCAUUUGCAAAUAAUAAGACUCCCAUCUCCAUGGAGUAUAAAUGGGAACCAACAUGGCCUUUAUUCCACAACACAAAAUACCAGCACAACACAGGAGACUAGCGAAGACCCAUAUGCUGCUGUAAAUGGCUGGGAGAAAAGCUGCAUGGGUAUGAAGAAUGGUGAUAUGAUACUUCCAGUGCUUUUCUCUAUGGGGACGGAGGGGGACACGUACCCCUAAACGUUUUGCAUUGUCCUGACUGACCGAUGGACAGAUCGACAUGCCAGCUGUCUCCGCAGUAGCAGUGCGGACUGGAGCUCCAUCAUUCUCCCUGCCAGUGCCCAGGGAGGGAAGUCUGGGGGCGGCCGCGGUGGAGGCGAUGGUGCUGCUCCUCCUCCUCCUUUUGCCGGGUUAGAGCCAGCCUGUGAGCACUCGCCCCUCCUUGCUGAAGCCGACCCCUAUGUCGCCGGGGGCCUUCCAGUCCUCUCAGUGCCACCACCUCAAGUCCCUUGUCUGGGGGCUGUUGGGAGGAAGGGGGUGAGUAGGAGGGGGAGCAGCCAAAACAAGAGUACCCCUAAACCUGUACCAAAACCUGUAUGGGUGUCUGGUUGAGCUGGCUCUACCUGAAGGAGCCCCCCCAUAGAACUUUUCUCUGUUGUAUAUUGACUUAGCCCUUUAUUUUUGUACACUUUGUGGAUACAAUUUAAUUUAUAAUCUAACUACAAAAUCAUUUUGUUUUGCAUGUUUGACUAUUGCAAUAAAAUCUACUAUUUAAUUAUA